CACGGCAACUAGUAGUGACGCAAUCAAACGGCACCCUCCGCGCGCUGUUUGUAACGUUCAGUAAUUGUAACGUUAACUUUGUUGGCGAAUUAUCCAACACCGAGAAAUAUUAAGUCUUAUAUGGUAAACAAGCUGACUCGUAUAUUCAUUCAGAUAUUACUACUUUCUCUGGCGUGUCGGACAUUGCUGCUACAGUGGCAGGAGGAAGUUAGUUAACGUUAGCCAACAAGCUAACAUGAGAUAAUUUGUUGACAGCAGCAGCAACAUGCUGGCUAUCUGACAGAUAACUAGUUAACUUUCCUGGUCAUAAUGGAGGAUAACUCGUCUUCCUCUUCGAUGGUCACUGGUUUUUCUCAAGCGUCUUUCCUCCAGAGGACGCUGGAGCGGCUAUCCUCCACACAGUGUCUGAAAGUAAACACCGAGGAGGUGGUCGCUGUCAUCGCACUUCAGCGCUACUUAUCUGAGCAAACCGAGGGGCAGCAGGUCGACAGCUACAGCUACGAUGUGACCGUCACUGACGGAGUCUGGAGAGCCAAAUGUUUUGUUCACCCCGCUUUGAAUCACCUGGUGCACUCAAACAUCCUGAGGACUGGGACUGACAUCAGCAUCACACAGUGCUCUUUCGUUUACAACGAGAGGAGACUGGGACACGGUUACAUCUGCAUUGAAAAGCUCCGCUGCGGUGCACAGAGCUCUGCUGUCCUGCCCCGUAUAAAGGACGUCAGUUCACUGCCCAUGCUGGUCAAGCAUGGCAUGGAGAGGAGUGUGGUGCUGCAGAGUGAUGUUCCCCUUCAGGUGAGCCGCAAACAUUACCUGGCUCUGUGGAACAACGACGACCCAGAGGGAGACAUCUGGACCUCAGGGUCUUCCUCCUCUGACGCAGUGCUGGACGUGUCAAAGAUUACUCUUCUUUGUAGUCUGGAGUCAUGUUUUAGAAAGACAUGGACACCUCUCCCUCUCCUAGUGAAGAUAAUACACAAAUCCAGAUUACGGUAUUAUGGGAAGUUUGGGCUCAAGAUUGAUUACCCCUACCAGGCUUACUUUGAAGUCGCUGACCAGAGUGGGACAAUGUCCCUUGUGCUAUGGAACGAACUUUGUCCAGAGUUUUACCAGAGACUUACCGUAGGCACGGUGUUGUACAUCCAGAACUACACCUUGAAGCAGAGUUAUUCAAACCGGUCACGCCCACAAAUAGACCAUCACAAAAUGAAGACCUUUAACUCUGUAGAAAUCUGCCUGAACCCUCGAAAACCUACUUCAGUCAUCACUGUGAUCUCACCAAAGAGUGUACUGCCUCAGUGGGGAUUGCCUGAGGUUUCCUACCAGUUCACCACUAGGUCAGAGUUGGAAAAAUUAUCCAACAAUUCUGCGUGUGACAUCAUUGGUUUGGUGACAUUUGUCGGUCGUGUUGAAAGAGUCAAGAGUAAAGGGAACAAGGGUCCAGAAAAAUACUGGACGUAUCGCUGGAUCCACGCGGUGGAUGGAACAACCGACCUUCCUUUCAUCCUGGAGGUUUUUUCCUCCUCCCAACCGGAAGUCUUCAGUCGUAUAUGCCCAAUGACCUACCUGGUGUGCACUCAGAUGAGAGUUUGUCGAGUGGAAGGCUCGUUGCCCUACCUUACAAGCAGCUGCGAGACACAGACGUUCAUCACAGGCUACCACAAAGGUCAGCCAUAUGUGAGUGACCCCAGAGUAAAGAGCUUCAUCCAGUGGACCAAAACCCUGAAGGACAACGUUGUCCUCCAGAAGACUGCUGUUGGUGGUCAUUAUUGCUACCCUCGUCCCCCAAAGACAUUCACCCAGUCGAUGGCAGAUGCCUCAGCUCAAACUCCUCUGGUUGCUGCAGCUGACUUGAAGAAGGAGUUAGAGACCCUGCAAUAUAGGGAGCAUAAAAAACUUGCAUUUCAAGGACAGAUCACGGCAGUGCAGUACAUGAAACAUCCAAAGACCACAGGAGGAACAGAGGAGAAAGAGCAGGUGGCAGAUGCGUGUGAACAAGCUGCACCAGACACGCACAUUCAUUCAUCAGCAGCUGAACAGACUUUGGCCUCCACUUUAACAUCUGCCUCUGCUGAGAGGAUCUCAGUGAGUGGAAGGAAAAGAAGAAUUCAAACAAGAAAAGCCACACAGUCGUCCAUGAGUCAUGAAAGCGUGUCGGCAAAAAGGAGACAUCAAGACACAGAGGAAGGACAAGAGCAGGGAGAAGAGGAGAAUCACUCUGAAUCUGAGGAGGCUCAGGAUGUAGAAUGCCGCCUAAAUGAAAAUCAGGACUCUAAUGUCGCAUCAUGGGAAAGCAGCAGUUGGCCGAAGCAACGACAAGAAGUUUCUGAACAUCUGUGUCAUGGUGGUCUGUACCAGGACAGCGUGUCUCGGAGGUUCACGUUUGACGAAAAGAACAUCCUUCUGCAGCAGAGUAACCUUCAGCCAGCGCGGUGGACACCGGGGCAAAGCGCUGACACCGUCCCACCUAUGGUUUGCCCGGGAUACUACCAAGUAACAAUAUUAGGCAUAAACAAGCAGAUCGCCGUUGAUGCUGCAUAUUUUCCUGUUGUGAGCUCAGAUGAGCCUCGGGCUGUAGGUCUUCCUCAGGAUCCCCACGGCAACACCAUGCUGUCCUGCCUUUCAUCAGGCUUCCUCUGUCCGCUCAGUGACACCGCCAGCCACAGCGAAUCAGCACUUCCCGAGCCAGAGGAGGUCCUGGCGACUGCCGGUGAGCUGGAGGAUACUCAUGUUGUGUGCAUCUUGGACCUUUGCCAUCUGGGUGGAGACAAGGUGGAGGUCCUGAUCAGCAAAGUGUACAGAGUCACAGAGGUUUCUCUCGACUAGGAGGUACAUUUACAAGUACUCAGCACUCUGACAGCAUCUUGUAGUUAUUAUCAGAAUAUAUUAAUCAUGUUGUUAGAAAGUUAUUUUAGAUAGAAAAAGCAAAAGUUUUGGACCAAACCUCAAUUUGAUACUUGUAAAUAUACCUGUUAUAUAUGUACGGAAAUGUCACAAGAUUGUUUAAAUAAUGCUUUUCAAGAGGAAAAUGCUCUGUGAUUGAUAAAAAUACUGAAAUACCUGACAUUGCAUAUUUCAUUCAUUAGAAUUUAUUGUGUAUGUACAGACAGAUGCUUCUUGCUACAAUGUCAGCUGACAACAUACUAGCUCCUCUAACCAGCAAGUUGCCGCUGCAGAUGUGUCAUUUUGAGAGGUGAAUGGUAUUUUGGAUGAUUGACAUGAAUUACAAAUCAGAUCACAGGGAGGUGUGACACUGGUUCACAUGGGCUCCCCUCUGCUGUGUGACACAUGACUUGUGUCAUGUUGCACAAUAUUUUGUACUGAUGUCAAAGCUUUUAUCAUAGAUUAAUACUAGCCCGGCUCUCUGAUGUGAAAAUAUGUGUCUUUGCACCGAGAACACACAGUCGAGGAACAGUCCUGCACAGAAAUAAUUUUCUACAUAAACAGUUUGCUCAGAAUAACAAUUCAUAUGUUUAAAAAUAUUUAUUUUCAUAUAUUUCACAAUAUCCAGGUUGAUUUAUAAAUAAUUCAAUAUAACAUAAUUAAUAUCAAGAUAUUUUAGAAUGUAAACUUAUUUUGUUAUUUUCUUUUAAAACAAUAUUAACGAUAUUUUUUAAAGCUUAUUUUGAUGGUAAAUACAGAAAGAAAACAAGCCAUACAAGUGACUGUGCAACACCAACUUGAAACGCGAAAAAAGCCUCACGUCCUCUAAUAAGACACUUCAUUAUCUGUUACAAAAUUACUUUAAUUUUAAAAUCAUGUAACAUACAUAUGUAAUCUAUUAGACAUAUAAAAUAAACAACUAUAUAUAGUCUAAACUUUUUUUUUUUUUACAUUCUAUUAUACAAUAUAUUCAAUGUUUGUUUCUGCACUGAAACUGCAGAAAUGGCUGUGCACCAGGUCGGUUUUGUUCAUGUCCUGGCAAAUCUGACACAGAAAGCAUUGAUCCGACUGCCCACACUUACAUUUAAGGUGCCAGUCUUUUUUUUUUUUUUUUACAAA